AUGGAGCUGGGGGGCCUGGGGUCGCCGCCGCCGCUGCUGCCACUGCUGCUGCUUCUGGGGGGAGGCCUCCUGCCCGCGAGCAGCCACGUGGAAACUCGGGUCCACGCGGAGGAGCGGCUGCUGAAGAAACUCUUCUCCGGCUACAACAAGUGGUCUCGGCCCGUGGCCAACACCUCGGACGUGGUGCUCGUCCACUUUGGCCUGUCCAUCGCGCAGCUCAUCGACGUGGACGAGAAGAACCAGAUGAUGACGACGAAUGUGUGGGUGAAGCAGGAGUGGACCGACUACAAGCUGCGCUGGGAUCCCAGCGACUAUGAGAACGUGACCUCCAUCCGGAUCCCCUCGGAACUCAUCUGGCGGCCAGACAUCGUCCUCUACAACAAUGCCGACGGGGACUUCGCCAUCACCCACCUGACCAAGGCCCACCUCUUCCACGACGGGCGGGUGCGGUGGACGCCGCCCGCCAUCUACAAGAGCUCCUGCAGCAUCGACGUGACCUUCUUCCCCUUCGACCAGCAGAACUGCACCAUGAAGUUCGGCUCCUGGACCUACGACAAGGCCAAGAUCGACCUGGUGAGCCUGCACAGCCACGUGGACCAGCGGGACUUCUGGGAGAGCGGCGAGUGGGUCAUCGUGGACGCCGCGGGCACCUACAACACCCGCAAGUACGAGUGCUGCGCCGAGGUGUACCCCGACAUCACCUACGCCUUCGUCAUCCGGCGCCUGCCGCUCUUCUACACGGUCAACCUCAUCCUGCCCUGCCUGCUCAUCUCCUGCCUCACGGUGCUCGUCUUCUACCUGCCCUCCGAGUGCGGCGAGAAGGUCACGCUGUGCAUCUCCGUGCUGCUCUCGCUCACCGUCUUCCUGCUGCUCAUCACCGAGAUCAUCCCGUCCACCUCCCUGGUCGUGCCGCUCAUCGGCGAGUACCUGCUCUUCACCAUGAUCUUCGUCACCCUGUCCAUCGUCAUCACCGUCUUCGUGCUCAACGUGCACCACCGCUCGCCGCGCACCCACACCAUGCCCGCCUGGGUGCGCCGCGUCUUCCUGGACGUCGUGCCGCGGCUGCUGCUCAUGCGGCGGCCGGCCGUGGUCAAGGACAGCUGCCGGCGGCUCAUCGAGUCCAUGCACAAAGUGGCCAGCGCCCCGCGCUUUUGGCCCAAGCCCGAGGGGGCACCCGACUUCGUGAGCAGAGUCCCGAGCCAGGGGGUCCCCUCUCCCACCCCGUCCUUCUGCGGCCCCCUGGACGAGGCGGUCAAGCCCCAGCCCGCCUGCACGUCGCCCUCCGGGCCGGUGCCUGCUCUGCAGCUGGCGGAGGCCGGGAAAGCCAGUCCCUGCCCCUCACCUGGGCCCUGCCCCUCGCCCGGGCCCCGCUGCCCACCUACCAGCCCUCAGGCCCUGGGGCCGGCCACAGCCCGGUCCCUGAGCGUCCAGCACAUGUCCAGCCCCAGCCGAGCCGCAGAGGGUGGUGUCCGGUGCCGGUCUCGAAGCGUCCAGUACUGCGUUCCCCAGGACGAGGCCGCUUCCCAGGCAGAAGGCCCCGCGGCCGGCUCUCCCCACUGCCCGAAGGCUCCCUGGGCCGGGCUCCCACCCUCGGCCCAGGCCUCGUCCUGCACAUGCAGGUGCAAGGAGCCACCUGUGGGGUCCCCAAAGGCCACCUCCAAAGCCCGAGGCUCCAAGACUCCACCCCGGCCCCCUCCGCUGUCCCCCGCCCUGGUGCGGGCCGUGGAGGGCGUCCACUACAUCGCAGACCACCUGAAGGCGGAGGACGCGGACUUCUCGGUGAAGGAAGACUGGAAGUACGUGGCCAUGGUCAUCGACCGCAUCUUCCUCUGGGUGUUUGUCCUCGUCUGCCUGCUGGGGACCGCGGGCCUCUUCCUGCCGCCCUGGCUGGCUGGCAUGAUCUAGGGGCCCCUCGGGAGCCUGCGCCUGCCUCCCGGGGGGCUCUGCAGGGGGCGGGGCUCACCAC